AUGGCGUGGCGACCGCUGGUAGCACGCGUGAAAAGAUGGACACCCGACGCGUAUGUGCCUCUGCGUGUCAUGCUGCACCCUGAUGAAGGGGAGGUAUGGGGACGCGUACUGGGCGUCCAGGGCCCGUGUAAGUCUGUACGUUUGAGCAAGUUUAAGGAUCUACUGGAGGUGACGGACCACGAGAUCAUCAUGAAGCCGCGGUUCAGCACUGUUGAGGAACGAUCUCAGGCGUUCCAGAAGAUGGAGGCCGAACUCAAGCAGGAAGGCGCUUUCCCGUUCUGGCAGGACGAAGUCUACAUGGCAAGGACGACGUUCUCCAGUCCGACGCUCUUUACCAAUCACCGCGGUGUGGGGCCCUACUUCGGUCUCAGCCAGUUCGCCACCCACCUUAAUGGAUUUGUGCGUGACAAGGAGACUGGAACAGUGACACACGUGUGGAUUGCAACUCGUAGCGCCUCCAAGAAACGCUGGCCACUGAUGCGCGACACCAUCGUAGGCGGAGGACUACCUUCAGGUAUCACGGCACUCGACAAUAUGGUGAAAGAGGCACAGGAAGAGGCAGGGUUGGAUCCAUCGUGGACACGCCCGCGAUUCGUGGCUGCCGGCAGCAUCUCGUACGUGUCCAAGCAUCCCUACGGCUUGACAAACGUUACGAUGCUCAUAUUUGACGUGGAACUACCGACGGACGUCGUUCCGGUUAAUCAAGACGGCGAGGUGGAGAGCUUUGAUCUUAUGCCCGUGCAAGACGUGCUUUCACGUCUGUGGUCGGAGCCUGAGCGCUUCAAGCCAGACGUGUGCAUUCUACUGCUCGACUUCUUCAUCCGUCACGGUGUAAUCUCGGCGGAUAACUUCGCGGACUACGAAGAGCUCCAGCGAGCGCUACGCAAUAGUGAGAUGCCUUCAACCGAAUGA